AUGUCCGAUGACACAGAAACCAUUGUGAUUGAUAUUAUAAAGCCAAACAGUAAACCAUUUGCCAUGGUAGUAAGUUACCGACCACCCGAAAGCGAUCCGGAUAUGGAUCUUAGUGUGGUUUACGUUGUGCGCAAAGUCGCUAUCAAAACUAAGAGCAGGCAUCGCAUUGUUAAUAUUAGAUCCAUGAAAAACUUCAACAUUGAUAGAUUCAAAAAUGAAUUAACCAGUUUACCAUGGUCACUUGUUGAUAAUCUUGAAAAUGCAAAUGACCGAUGGGAAUUGUGGAAAUCGAUGUUUAUGAAUGUUGUUGAUAAUCACGCUCCAUUAAAACGUAAACGGCUUAGAAAUUCCCUGGCUGAAUGCAAAUCUAAAACAACUUAA